UAGUGUAGAGUGGAUUCAUUCUCUGUGCUCUUUUGUUGGCUCUCCUGCUUUCCUUGAAACGCCCAAAGUAUUUUGAAUACAAUUGAACGUGUCUCACCUAUUUCAAGUUGUUUCCUCUGUCCUCUCUGCUCAGAUGUCCAACGCCACUGCACUCAGCCUGCGACUUCUCCACUGCUACUCAAAGCAGGGUACUACAGAAGCACGUGUCAAUGAAUUCUGCGAUAUAUGUUUGCACAAACUCAGCCACCAUCACAUCACAUUUGUACUAUAUGUAUCAUCAGGUACAUUUGGACAUGGUCCUGGUGUCAUGCGCCCAUUUAGUCUCAGUGUGCACAGAGAGGGUUACAAGUAUGUGAACGCUCUGGAGCUGCCAACAGACCUGAGGUCUAUCACUGACCGGGCUGCAACAACCCUCUUGUGGACUGAACUUUUCAGAGGUUUGGCGAUGACCAUGAGUUACUUGUUCCGUGAACCGGCAACCAUCAACUACCCAUUUGAGAAGGGACCUCUGUCACCCCGCUUCCGUGGAGAGCACGCCCUCCGUCGCUACCCUAACGGAGAGGAGCGCUGCAUUGCGUGUAAACUGUGUGAGGCCAUCUGCCCUGCUCAGGCCAUCACCAUUGAAGCUGAGACUCGAGCUGAUGGCAGCAGGAGGACUACGCGCUACGACAUUGAUAUGACCAAGUGUAUCUACUGUGGCUUCUGCCAGGAGGCCUGUCCUGUUGAUGCUAUUGUGGAGGGUCCAAACUUUGAAUUUUCCACAGAGACCCACGAGGAGCUGCUGUACAACAAGGAGAAGCUGCUAAACAAUGGAGACAGAUGGGAGGCUGAGAUAGCAGCCAACAUACAAGCAGACUACCUGUACAGAUAGACUGUUUAAUCUGCACAUUGACAACAAAGAUAUGUGACACAUGAAAUGAUGUGUCUCAUCUUCGUUCUACGCAUUAAAGAGAUUACUGAUAGUUUUAUGAUAAUACAAUAAGUUACAUUUGAGCAGUGAAGCCUUGCAGCCUCAGACUCUGUCGUCAGAACUGAGAAAAAAAUAAAAACGCACAAUUCAUGUCCUGUGUUUGAAUGAUAUUGCACUUUCUGAAGUUGAUAUCAUAACCUGUAACCCAUGUAACCUAUGCACAUGUCUGUUAUAGACUAUCCU